CCUGUAGAGACUUCUCCAGAGGAGCAGACAGCCUCUUGUGAAGGUUCAAAUGCUGCUGUUAACAUGGAAAUUUCAGAAUCUGUUGUGGAAAAUGGAGAGACAGAAAUGUCACCAGAAGAGUCAUGGGACCACAAAGAAGAAACAAGUGACGCAGAGCUAGGAGGUGGUCCUGCAGGGGAUGCAGGACCUUCUGAAGAAAGUGCUCAGGAAAUGAUGGAAGAGGAGGAGGAAAUACCAAAACCGAAAUCUGUCGUAGCACCGCCAGGUGCUCCUAAAAAAGAGCAUGUAAAUGUAGUAUUCAUCGGGCACGUAGAUGCUGGCAAGUCAACUAUUGGAGGACAAAUAAUGUAUUUAACAGGAAUGGUUGACAAAAGAACACUUGAAAAAUAUGAAAGAGAAGCUAAAGAAAAAAACAGAGAAACAUGGUACCUUUCAUGGGCCUUAGACACAAACCAAGAAGAACGAGACAAAGGUAAAACAGUAGAAGUGGGUCGUGCCUAUUUUGAAACUGAGAAGAAACACUUCACUAUUCUAGAUGCUCCUGGACAUAAGAGCUUUGUUCCAAAUAUGAUUGGUGGGGCUUCUCAAGCUGAUCUUGCUGUGCUGGUUAUUUCUGCAAGAAAAGGAGAGUUUGAAACUGGAUUUGAGAAAGGUGGGCAAACAAGAGAACAUGCCAUGUUAGCAAAAACAGCAGGUGUAAAACAUUUAAUAGUUCUUAUUAAUAAAAUGGAUGAUCCAACUGUAAACUGGAGUAAUGAAAGAUAUGAGGAAUGUAAAGAGAAACUGGUGCCAUUUUUGAAGAAAGUUGGCUUCAAUCCCAAAAAGGAUAUUCAUUUCAUGCCCUGCUCAGGACUCACUGGAGCAAACCUUAAAGAACAGUCAGAAUUCUGUCCUUGGUAUAUUGGAUUACCAUUUAUUCCAUACCUGGAUAAUUUGCCAAAUUUCAACCGUUCAGUUGAUGGACCAAUCAGGCUGCCAAUUGUGGAUAAAUAUAAGGAUAUGGGCACUGUGGUCCUUGGAAAGCUGGAGUCAGGCUCUAUUUGCAAAGGACAACAGCUUGUGAUGAUGCCAAACAAGCACAAUGUGGAAGUUCUUGGAAUCCUUUCUGAUGAUGUAGAAACUGAUUCAGUAGCCCCAGGUGAAAAUCUAAAGAUCAGACUGAAGGGAAUUGAAGAGGAAGAAAUCCUUCCAGGAUUUAUUCUUUGUGAUCUCAACAACCUGUGUCAUUCUGGACGCACGUUUGAUGCCCAGAUAGUGAUAAUUGAGCACAAAUCCAUUAUCUGCCCAGGUUACAAUGCUGUGCUGCACAUCCACACCUGUAUUGAAGAAGUUGAGAUAACAGCCUUAAUCUGCUUGGUAGACAAAAAAACAGGAGAAAAAAGUAAGACACGGCCCCGUUUUGUGAAACAAGAUCAAGUAUGUAUUGCCCGUUUAAGGACAGCAGGAACUAUCUGCCUUGAGACAUUCAAAGAUUUCCCUCAGAUGGGUCGCUUUACCUUAAGAGAUGAGGGUAAGACCAUUGCAAUUGGAAAAGUUCUGAAACUGGUUCCAGAGAAGGACUAAGCAUUUUUCUCAAUGACCCCCGCACAAUACUGUGAGGAAAAUCGACUCUGCAAAAGCCUACUUCACACCGCCUUCUUAUUUUCUGCCCAUUGAUAAACUUCUCCCCAUAUUUUGCGAAGACAAAUUUCACAGCAAAGGUCCACAUUAUGUCAGCUUUCUCAUAUUGAGAGCUCUGCUAUGCCACUGUUGAAUUUUCCCAAAAAGAAUUUUUUUUUUCUCCCAAAUUCUGCUUCCUUGGAAAGAUUCGGCAAUAGCUUUGUAAGUGAUGUGGACAUAAUUGCCUAUAAUUAUGAAAAUCUAAAGGAUUUUUAAUGUUUAAUUUCCCCCAGCAUAUAUAUAUUAAGACCUCGUUUUUCCAGGCAGAUCAUUCAGAGUGUGCGAGUGUGUGUGCACAUGUUACAAAGACGACUACCAUGUUAAUAAACUAUUCAAUUUCAAAUCUUUUUCGGUAUUUGAAUUGCUUUUGAAUAAUGUUUUUUAUCCGGAUGUAACGCAGUUGCAUUAGCUUUUUAACUUUCCAGUAACCUGGAUAUUUGGUUACUUGGACUUUUCUAAACUCCUCAGCCUCCCCACACACACAGUUUUAAAUGAGGCAAUUGGGCACUCGAGCAAGUUUGUAUUAAAAUAAUUAGGUUUGCCCCUUCGCUUUGAUGAAUGCAUUCUUAAAAUUAAAAAACAUUCAUGCAAAUGUGGCACCUUCAUUAGCUUUACAUUUGUUAAUAUCUUCAGCAAAUUUCAGUUGACUUAACAUCGUUACUAGACACAGUAAGUCAGUUUUGAAGGCUAGAACUACAUAUUGCGUCUUCAUAAAAAUUCAUUAUUAAAUUCUUAACUGCAGAAAAUGCUAACAACCAGUAAAUCAGUGAAACUUGAAAAAGUAAGAGAAUUUGUGGCAAUAGUGCCUAUUA